AUGCAAAUGAAGUCAAAUCCCUCCCUAUACGAACCCAUCAAGGACGAACUACUGAAGCAACAGCACCUGAUCAAGGAGGAGUUCUUUCCUGACAUCUAUUCUCUUAUCAAGGAGGAAGUUGCUAAACAGGAAGCUAUAUACACCCACUUCUACCAGCCUUCCAAGCAGGACAUGGUGGAAGCCCAACCUGGUCCAGUAUACCCUCCUCACCAGGCACCCUCUCCACAUCAGACACCUUCUCCUCACCAAGCACCCUCCCCACAUCAGACACCUUCUCCUCACCAGGCCCCCUCUCCUCCUACCUUCCCUCACCAUCCUAUUCAGAGUGAGAAAGUAUCUUCUCCUCCAACUUACCCACAACAACAGAUUGAACGGGUUCCCUCUCCAAUAGCAGAGAAGAAACAAUCUACUGAGUUGGUUCCUGAAUUGGCUCCUCUGGUUUCCCACCAAACCCUCCCCAAUAUUGGACAAUUCCACCAGGACUACUCUUAUAUUCCAUACGGUCUAUACUCCUAUCCUUCUCCCUACAUUCCCUUCCCUUCCACCUCUGCUGUCGGCCACAUGAGUGUCCCUGCUCCAUCUAUAGUAGCUGCCAACUAUCACCCUACGCCUCUACCUACCCACCAUCAACCUACAUCCUCAACCUUCUCAGAUCAGACUGUCAGUACAUACGGGAAGAUGAAAAGAGUUAGAACAGACUUCACCCCAACUCACCUGACCGUCUUGGAAGAGACCUUCUCUAAAUCUCAGUACAUGCGUGGAAUGGAGAGGGACGAUUUGGCUAGACAACUCAAGGUGACUCCUAAAUCUGUGACGAUCUGGUUCCAGAACAGACGAGCUAGGAUGAGGGCAGAGAGCAGACAGGAUAACUUCAUCAAGCAUGCCGCUGAGACUGGUAGUAGUGAGGUCGGAAAGAUCCCGGACUUCAGAUAGAUAU